AUGAAGUACUCUGCUGCCGUCCUCGCUUUCGCCGCCGCUGUUGCCGCCCAGCCAGCUUUCCUCAACACCAACUUCAAUGUCGUCACUGGCCAGCCAUUCACCCUCCAGUACUCCGGCUGCGAGGCUGGCUGCACCAUUCUCCUCAAGAGCGGUCCCAGCGGCAACCUCAACACCGUCCAGACCCUGACCACCUCUGCCACUGGUACCUCCACCACCGUCACCGUCAGCAACGUUCCCGCCGGCACCUACGCCUUCGAGAUCAUCGACAGCACUGGCGCCAACAACUACAGCGAGCAGUUCCAAGCUGGAUCCGGCACCGCCACCUCUUCCGCUUCUGCCUCGUCUUCCAGCGCUCCUGCUUCCACCUCAAGCGCCCCCGUCACCACCACUUCCGCCGUCUCUUCUUCCUCAUCCAGCUCUUCUGCUUCCAGCACCAGCGUUGCCUCUUCCACCAGCGCCUCCAGCAGCAGCUCUAGCAGCAGCGCCUCUUCCUCUGCUACCACUCUGAGCACUGUCACCAGCUCUGCUGUUACCACCCCUUCUGCCAGCUCCACUACUCGUGCUGCUUCAACCUCGGCUUCUGCCACCGCUGCUCCCUCCACCGUCCCCGACAACGGUGCCGGCUCUCUGGGAUCCUCACUGUCUCUGGUUCUCGGCGCCGCUGCCGCCCUUGUCUUGGUCUACUAA